ACAUGCUGGUUUCCCUGGCAACGCAGCCUUUUUCCAGGAUUUCCGAGGACCAAAAGUUGUCUGCGAACACUCGUCAAACUCAAAAGUCUGUCUCCAGCUUCCUUCAACGAUGAGCGGUCAGACCAGCGGUGGAGAGGCUGGCCCACCGUCCCGGUCCAAUCAGAGGACGUUUUUGGACGACGUCGUUUUAACCUUCAGUUCGCCCAUGGCCUGGCUGCUGGUUGUGGCCCUGGUCCUCACAUGGUCCGGUGUGGCCAUCGUGCUGUUUGAUCUGCUUGACUACAAGACCCUAGCAGACUACACGUCAUACUGUGACGACCCCGUGUGUUUAUCACCUGGUAAACCAACAACUAAGCCACAGUUUUGACUGCACUAACUGCCCGCAGAGUGUUGCAUGCAUGCACGGAUGCAAAAGUUUAAAAGUCGGAUGCAGUGAU